CUGCGGCCGUGCGGCUGGGCGACCGAGCAUCCUGGCGGCGCCUGGCCACCGAGAGAGAUAGACUGGCCACAACAGAUAAAUGGAAUUUGCACUUGCUGUAGAGACUUCAUUUUCUUCUCAGUAGUUUACCUGAUGAAUCAGUUUAUAAAAGUGUGAUUUUUGUGACAGGCUAGUGUAAACACAGUUGUGCGGGAACCAUUUGCCAUGGAAGCCAGAGAGAUUGUGAACCCCGUACCCAGCUACCAUCUCAUCCCUGAGGCCAGCCAGCCCAGGGUGGAAGAAGAUGUCAGCUUGCCACCUCAAGUUCCCUCAGAAGCCAUGCAGCUGAAGAAGGAGAUCUCUCUGCUGAAUGGGGUCAGCCUGGUGGUGGGCAACAUGAUUGGCUCAGGGAUCUUCGUCUCACCCAAGGGGGUGCUGGUACAUACUGCCUCCUAUGGGUUGUCACUGGUCGUGUGGGCCAUUGGUGGGCUCUUCUCUGUUGUGGGCGCCCUUUGCUAUGCAGAACUGGGGACCACUAUCACCAAGUCAGGGGCCAGCUAUGCUUAUAUUCUAGAGGCCUUUGGGGGCUUUAUUGCCUUCAUUCGCCUAUGGGCCUCACUGCUAAUCAUUGAGCCCACCAGUCAGGCCAUCAUCGCCAUCACCUGCGCCAACUACAUCAUCCAGCCCUCCUUCCCCACCUGUGAUCCCCCGUACCUGGCCUGCCGUCUUCUUGCUGCUGCUUGCAUAUGUCUGCUGACAUUUGUGAACUGUGCCUAUGUCAAGUGGGGCACACGAGUACAGGACACGUUCACUUACGCCAAGGUCCUAGCCCUCAUUGCCAUCAUUGUCAUGGGCAUUGUUAAACUGUGCCAGGGACACUCUGAGCACUUUGAGCAUUAUCAGGAUGCCUUUGAGGGUUCCUCCUGGGACAUGGGAAACCUCUCUCUUGCCCUCUACUCUGCCCUCUUCUCUUACUCAGGUUGGGACACCCUUAAUUUUGUAACAGAAGAAAUCAAAAACCCAGAAAGAAAUUUGCCCUUGGCCAUUGGGAUUUCUAUGCCAAUUGUGACGUUUAUCUACAUCCUGACCAACGUGGCCUAUUACACAGUGCUGAACAUUUCGGAUAUCCUUAACAGUGAUGCAGUGGCUGUGACAUUUGCUGACCAGACAUUUGGCAUGUUCAGCUGGACCAUCCCUAUUGCUGUUGCCCUGUCCUGCUUUGGGGGCCUCAAUGCAUCUAUCUUUGCUUCAUCAAGGUUGUUCUUCGUGGGCUCACGUGAGGGCCACCUCCCAGAUCUUCUGUCUAUGAUUCACAUUGAGCGUUUUACACCCAUCCCAGCUUUGUUGUUCAAUUGUACCAUGACACUCAUCUACCUCACCGUGGAGGAUGUUUUCCUGCUCAUCAACUACUUCAGCUUCAGCUACUGGUUCUUUGUGGGCCUGUCUGUUGUUGGACAGCUCUACCUUCGCUGGAAGGAGCCCGAUCGGCCCCGGCCACUCAAGCUGAGCCUAUUUUUUCCCAUCGUGUUCUGCAUAUGCUCCUUGUUUCUGGUGAUUGUGCCUCUCUUCAGUGACACCAUCAAUUCUCUCAUUGGCAUUGGGAUUGCCCUCUCCGGGGUCCCUGUCUACUUCGUGGGUGUUUACCUUCCAGAAUCCCGGAGGCCUCUCUUUCUUCGGAAUGUUCUGGCUACCUUCACCAGAAUCACCCAGCAACUUUGCUUUUGCGUCCUGACUGAGCUAGAUGUAACUGAAGAGAAAAAGGUUGAGAGUAAAACUGACUAGAGGCCAGAGGUGACAUUCCCUGAGGCCUGGAAAGCUGGCCACCUGUGGCCAUAACCACCAAAGUCCAGAUAACAAGACUAUGUGGGCCUAGCCCUCCUGAAUUAAAGGAGCCUAUUGAGCCACAUUCUGUAAGGGGACUCAGGGCCAGUGCUCACUCAUUGGUAAGCUAUGGGAGGAGACUCAGGGUUGGGGUACCUGAAGGUGGGAACCUCAGGGUAGAGGGGGGGUUGGGGAACAGGGGAAUGGUUGUUUAGUUUUCCAGGGUGAGUAGGUGCACCCCUGACAUACUGGGUAAGUUGCUGCAGAGGAGAGGAAGUGCUAGAUUGAUGGCUCUGAUUGUGGUUCACAGCAUGUGAAGUUUGAACCAAAAGUCUCUAAAGUGAGGAUACUUUAUGGGAGCUUUCCUCUGACCAGGUGCAACCUCCUGAUGUUAGAGGCUCAAAAUGCUACUAUUUCUUCCUCUGGCUCAGAAUUCUUCCCUGGGAAGAGGGUUAUAUUCCUUGUUUGUUUUGGGGGAGGCACAAACAGCAAGCUUUAUUUAACUGAUGUGGGAACGUGUCUCCCCUUUCCUGAAUUCCACAAGAGAAAUACCAUUCUGUGUAAUGAAACUUCACACUCAAACAAUAAGCUUGACAGGAGGAAGGCUGUUCAUGGUCUCAACGGUGGCCACUGAAGUUCCAUAUUGUCAAGGUUGACUUCUCAUUUGUGUCCAUGUGCUUGGGGAGCCACAGGAUUUUGCUGUAUACAGAUUAGCCUUCUUUUGGAGGAGGUCCUGCCUGUCUGACUGAAUUUCCCUGGAACACAUUUGCACUUAUGGUCAAAAUCCUUAAGAAAAGAGGCAAGCUUCUGGCUCUGAAUUGAGUUGAUUUUGGCCACCUGCCUACCUGUACCUUCCUAGCUAGAACCAUGAUGCUUUGGCAGAGGCUGCAGUCCCAAAACAAGGGCUGGGGAAGACCUCCCUGUUCCAGCUAACAAGGAGCAGCUCUGUGGCUAACUGGACACUGCCACUGCUACCACCAAAUUCAAAUUCCAGUAUUCCUUUACUUAUUGAUAUUUAACCUGGAACACCAAUUCUAGCAAAAGAAUGUUCAUUCAUGUAUAGGAAAUAAUAGUCUGUGUUUAAAAAUUCAAAAUACCCCAAACUGAGUCUCUCUGCCCUGAGAGAUGUCUCAAUGUGGUGGUAAAUCAGAUUCUGAUAAUAGAUUUUAUGUUCACUUUCACACAAUCUUCAGUUGAGUCUUACCUGCAAAAGUGAACUUUAAGGAUUUUUAAAAUCAUGGACAUAUACUUUAGGUCUUGUGUUACUAGCAACUGGCUCAGGUCUGACAAGUAGAGAAAUCUGGUAAUACUAAUAUUUUUGAAGGAUAAUCCUUUAUUUUAUUGAAACCUUAGGUCAUUGUUCUAGUUGAUACAGUUAAUCUCUGGGUUUCUGGUAUGAAGUUUAAGAGGGCUGAAAUGUUCUGGAAUUCAGGAGGGUCACCUGAAUUCUAUCCACUAUCAGUAAUUUGGGGGAACAUCUUAUGGACCCAAGUCAUCAAAUAACUUGUUCCUUUCUGAAAGGGCCAGUGUGAGGGACUGCUGUGCAGACCCAAGCAAGCCCACUCUGGUGCUGAAAGUAGUCAUUUUCUUUUUCUGAAAACCUCACACCAGGCUGCAUCCUGGGUUCUGUUAUUGGCACCAGGCUUUGUUUACACUCCAAGCUGCCUCAGGGUGGGUCACAGGGAUAGUGCACUCCUUUCCUGCCCACCUUCCCUUGCCCCUGAGGCCUUGCAGGGCUGCAGUCUCAGGAAGCACUUGGUACUUGUGGGACUUCUAUUUUUUUUUCCUGUGGAGAUCAGUGAAGACUCUAGGGGAAAAGCUGCUUCAACCUCAAUCUGGCACCUCAGCUAACUUUCAAGAAUGGAAAGCAACUAACUCUGGUGCUUAAGCUGGGCCACCAGGUCAGUCCAGAGCAGCAGGUUUGGCCUAAUGGGAUCUUCCUUCAUGGCUGCAUUGGAUUAUACAACUGUUCUGGGAUGCCCCCAGAUACUGUCAUCUUAGACCCAGAAGAACUUGUUGAUCUAGCACAUCCCAUGGACAUCUUGUCCUUAGAUUUUGGAAUUGGUCGACAGUGAAGACAAGAACUGUGGGGCAAUCUUUCCUUUUGAUCAUUCUUCACCAAACUGAUCCCAGUUGCAGACAAGGUAAUUACCUUGGACAUAUACUUGCUUAAUAAAGUUUUAGGGGAGCAUGAUCACUUGCCUUUGGUUCAGGGCAUGCAUCUGUGAGAAUAUGGGGGGACAUUCCUACUGUCAUGGGUUGGGGAUUUGUAUACCAAAUUCCUGUCUGAUGACAAGGAGUCUUGUGCAAAGGCUGACUUGCCUAAACUAUAUAAAUAUGAUUUCUGUCUGAGCUGAGCUGGCACCAUCCCAGGGCUCCUCUGGAGCUAAUCCUUUAAGCAUUGUGCUUAACUGAGGAUCCUUGACUCUGGCUUUAGUGUUUUCCACCCAAUAACCAGCUUCUCCCAGGAAUGUGCCGCCCCCCAGUGGCUUCUCAGAAGAAGGGACACCACACUUCAGGUGCUAAGAGCUUGCUUAGUGAGCCAUGUCAUCCUCCUCUCAUUACUGAAGGAUGACAACAUUCUUCCUCGGUGUUGGAUACAAACUUCUCUUAGAAACCCUUUGUGGGAGGGUAGCCAGACACCCUACAGACUCAAGUUUCAUAGUGGAAUUAGUUCCCACCAGGUCUUCGUUAAAUCUUACUAAAUCCUUCUCCUGGUGUGCUAAUCCCUUUUGCAAUGGUACAAUUUGUACCCUUUUCAGUAGGUAGUUUGUGAAGCUGUCAGCCCUUUGAUGUUGACGAAACUUAAUGAAUACAUAAACAGCAGUGAGUACAUUAAAACGGCAAAGUGGUUUUUAAUCCUUCAUUUCUAUGUCUACAGAAGGAGACUAAGAUGACUAGUAUUAAGCCUGCUUUUAGGUUUAAUUAGCUGCAGUAAUAGCCUGAGUACAGAGCCUAAUAAUUCUAGCAGAUUUAACAAUUCCAUGUAGAUAGGUAGUAUCAAACAAAUGUAGGUAAGUGCUUAUAAAAUGGACAUAAAGUAAAAAGAAUGSGUAGAAGUAGGAAGGGACAAGUAGAGAAACCUAUAAAAUCUUGAAAGAGAUGAGAAGAAGACUUCUCCCUGUAUAUUUCACUUUCCUAUGUGAUAGAGAAACAGGGUAAGAUGGCUACCUCAAAUGGAAAGUUUUGUGUGUUUCCCUAGACCUGUGCUAAUGUAGCUAGUUAAAACAAAGUAAAAAAUUCAUGGCCAGGUAUGGUAAUCUCAGCUACUCAGCAAACAGGCAAGAGGAGUCCAAAUCUGAGGCCAGCUCUUAGCGAGACCCUUUCUCGAAAUUUAAAAAAAAUUAAAAAGGGCUGAGAUGUAGCUCAGUGGCACAGCACUUGCCUAAUGUGUGUAAGGCCCUGGGUUCAGUAGAAAAAAAGAAAGAAAAAAAAAUUCAGUUUCUCAGUUGCACUAAUCAGAUUGCAAAUGCUCAAUGACCACAUGUGGCUAGUGGCUACUAUUAGAGAGUAUAGAUAUAGAACAUUUAUCACUGCACAAAAUUCUAUUUGACCAGAAUCAAUGCCAAACAGUUAAGGCAGCUGGGAUUUUGAAAAGAGUAGGGAUAGAGAUUGCUUACAAGAGAUUUAAAGUUUGGGCACCAAAAUUUGUUCUGUUCAUAUAUAGUUAUAAAUUUUGCAUUCAUGGAUUCAACUAACUGUAGCUUAAAAAUAUUUUUUGGUAGGAAAAAAAAACUACCUAUACUAAACAUAGUUUUUGUCAUUAUUCCCCAAAUACAGUAUAUCAGCUAUGUAUAUUGCACUCUUUUUUUUGGUUGUUUUGGUAGUGGGGUUUGAACCCAGGGGCACUCAACCACUGAGCCAC